CGAACACACACGCACGAAUACAGACACGCUCUCCUGCCAUGCCCAGACCCAAGACACCCAGGCGCAGAGACCUGCUACAGUGAGCGCGCGCGCAGACACACACACACACACACACACACACACACACACACACGCCAGCUUGCGGGUUGGCCAGAGCCUUGUAGUCGCAGAUAGCACAAGGAACUCGCCAGAGGGAUUGGAAUAAGUGUUGCUCUCCCCACACUAAUUACUACUUCCCCAGGCACUUUAGUGAAGAAAUGAAUCCCGCCCAGCUCGCCGGCACAUCCAGGUCUCGGUUCUAUUUUAGUCUCCAGACUUAUCUUCGCGAAGGCCAGAUCAAGGGAGAAAGCGAGCCGGCGGCUGGCUUCGGACUCUAAGCGGUGCGCAGCUCGCGCCUGAGCCGGCCGACCCCGAACCCGCGAAAGGCUCCUCGCCUGUGCUAGCUUCCACCAAAUCGCAGCCAGGAGUGACAGCUGGAGCUAAACCAGCAGCAGGUUGUUAGCAACAUGAGUGCAGGGUCUGGAUCUUACCUGUUCAAGAGUGUAUCCCCAGCACCCAAUGCCUGGCCUAUAGCUUAAAUGUUGAUUUGGCUACUUGGCUACUGAACACAAAAUGAAUAACUCAACAAACUCCUCUAAUAAUGGCCUGGCUAUUACCAGUCCUUAUAAGACAUUCGAAGUGGUAUUUAUUGUCCUUGUGGCUGGAUCCCUCAGCUUGGUGACCAUUAUCGGGAACAUCCUGGUCAUGGUUUCCAUUAAAGUCAACCGCCACCUCCAGACAGUCAACAAUUACUUUUUGUUCAGCUUGGCCUGUGCUGACCUCAUCAUAGGUGUUUUCUCCAUGAACUUGUACACCCUCUACACUGUGAUUGGCUACUGGCCUCUAGGGCCUGUGGUGUGUGACCUGUGGCUUGCCUUGGACUAUGUGGUCAGCAAUGCCUCUGUCAUGAAUCUGCUCAUCAUCAGCUUUGACAGGUACUUCUGUGUCACCAAACCUCUGACCUACCCAGUUAAGCGGACCACGAAAAUGGCAGGGAUGAUGAUCGCAGCUGCUUGGGUCCUGUCCUUCAUCCUCUGGGCUCCAGCCAUUCUCUUCUGGCAGUUCAUCGUAGGGGUGAGAACUGUGGAGGAUGGGGAAUGCUACAUUCAGUUUUUCUCCAAUGCCGCCGUCACCUUUGGUACUGCCAUUGCAGCUUUCUACUUGCCAGUGAUCAUCAUGACUGUGCUGUAUUGGCAUAUAUCCCGAGCCAGCAAGAGCAGGAUAAAGAAGGAAAAGAAGGAGCCUGUGGCCAACCAAGAUCCAGUUUCUCCAAGCCUGGUGCAAGGAAGAAUAGUGAAGCCAAAUAAUAACAAUAUGCCCGGCAAUGACGGUGGCCUGGAACACAACAGAAUUCAGAACGGCAAGGCCCCCAGAGAUGCUGUGACUGAGAACUGCGUCCAGGGGGAGGAGAAAGAGAGCUCCAAUGACUCCACUUCAGUCAGUGCUGUGGCCUCUAAUAUGAGGGAUGAUGAAAUAACCCAGGAUGAAAACACAGUUUCCACUUCCUUGGGCCAUUCCAAAGAUGAGAACUCGAAGCAAACAUGCAUCAAAAUUGUCACCAAGACCCAAAAAGGUGACUCCUGCACGCCAACGAACACCACUGUGGAGCUAGUUGGGUCUUCGGGUCAGAACGGAGAGGAAAAACAGAACAUUGUAGCCCGCAAGAUCGUGAAGAUGACCAAGCAGCCUGCAAAGAAGAAGCCUCCUCCUUCCCGGGAAAAGAAAGUGACCAGGACGAUCUUGGCUAUUCUGUUGGCUUUUAUCAUCACCUGGGCUCCAUACAAUGUCAUGGUGCUUAUUAACACCUUCUGUGCACCGUGCAUCCCCAACACAGUGUGGACCAUUGGUUACUGGCUCUGUUACAUCAACAGUACUAUCAACCCUGCCUGCUACGCACUGUGCAAUGCCACCUUCAAGAAGACCUUCAAACACCUUCUCAUGUGUCAUUACAAGAACAUAGGUGCAACGAGGUAAAACAUCUUUGAAAAGAAGAGAAACGGUCAGGGGAGCUUGGGAAGUAUAAGAGGAUAGAAGAGCUCUGAGUUUUAAAAUCUCUGCCAUUGCACUUUAUAGUCUUAUUAUGGAAUGGGAAAUGAAGGAGCUUCACAGUGACCCUCUACUCUGCCUAAGCUCCAGUUUGAAAAAAAAACUUGCACCUUAUAAACACUGUCAGUUUAGGAGCAAUGAGAACAGGAAAGAGACAUGUUGGAAUUGUUCAUUUAAGGAAAAAUCUAUGCUGCCGUACUCUUUUGAAGAAGGGCUUCUGAAUCUACAAUUUUAUGAGUCCCUGCACAAGAAGAAAAACCUAUUUUUUUUGUUGUUGCUGUUUCUUUUUCCUGUUGGUGUCAAGUGUCCAUCAUGUGAGGAUGAAAUAUGCCGUAGGUUCACACUAACAUGGAGACUUCGAUAUGGAGAAAUGGACCUUAUACAAUGGGCAUGUGAAGAAAGAAAAUCAAAAAGGCUGCAGAAAUGGUCUCCAGAGUGUUAAGCAUAUUUGGUUCUUUUGGUAUGAUCUUAUUCAGAGAACUGCAAUACAAUCAGUGCUUAUUUUUUCACCUGUCCCUUUUCCCAUCCAUGAAAAAAAAAAAAAAAAAAAAAAAGAAGAAAGCAAACAAAAAAAACCCACCUAGAUUCCUAGGUUACAAGAUUUUUUUUCUUAUUAUAGUAUUGGUUUGCACUUCUCCAUUCUACAUGGCUUAUGGGUAAUACCUGAGGGGCUUUCAUUAAAUCCAGCUGGAGACAACUGGAACACAGGCAAUUCACCCCUCCCACUGCAUCCUUUGCCUUCCUAGGAGGUGUAAAUUGUAUAAGACUUUCAUUCACUUAUGAUCCUAUGUGUGGGACAUAGUCUCCAAUCUGGUUUCCUUCUAAACUAGUUUUUUAUUUUUAUAGAAUAGUCUACCUAAAACAUGAAAAUGCUUGAGAAAGCAGUCAUUCUAAAGUUGAGAUUUCCUCAAAUUAAAAAAUGGUCAGUCCAGCUGGAGAAAGUAUGCAGAAGCCAUGUUGAAUUUCAACAUGAGAAAGAUAUGAGGGUUAGAGUUGUUUCUGUUUGAACCUGAAUCUGCCUGACCCAAGUAGGAAAUGUUAACUUGUAUAAUACAAACUCCUGAUAUUUUCAAUAGCUUUUUUCAUUUGGAUUUCUAAACAAGAUUAGUUUACUUAUUCUGUCUCAGAAGAGUUAGAUCUUCAAUUCAUUGCCCAAUAAUGGUUGAUAUUCAAAUUAUAAUCAAGUAAGGUGCAUAACUAUGCCAUUAUCUGUUGGAAGGAGAAAAAAAUUCAGAAACAUUAACCGAAAGUACAUAUUUCAUAUUCCUCAACUUGUCAACUUUCCCUAAGAUUAUUUAACACAACAUUCUCUGGUUUCAGUAGAAUCGCAGUAAUCUUUGUGAUCAGAAUGUAUCAAUUAAUCAAACAGCAGUCCAACAAACUCUCAGAAUCUGACUGAAGAAUGUAGGUGGGUGUUCCCUUGUCUUUUCUCACUAUCUAAUUCUAAACUUCAUGUCAGGAAUUAUUAUAGUGUCAUUAUACAGAAACUGGUCCAUGUACAGACUUGCUAUUUUGUAGCACAAAAAAUGUAGGAUUAAUCAAUUCACAUUUCACUCAUGUUAAUCCUUUAUAUCUUUUCUUACAUUAUUCACCACAGUCUUCCAAUCAGAUUUUCUAAAGAUGGCCCAAUGGGUAGAAAUUAAAUUUGCAAAUGUUAUUUCAAAUGUCAUGAAUUGCAUUUACAAUUUAUGGGCUUUACAAUAUCUUGCCCAGAUAUGAUGUGGUAGGUAAUAUGAGUUACAUGACAAAUUUGUCAGAAUUAAACCCUAGAACUUAUUAGUGUUAUUUUGUAUAACUUUUCUCACCUAUUGGGAGAGUUAAAAAGAAGAGGGAAGAAGAAGCAGCACAGGGCACCAACAAAAGUUGUGACUCAGUAAGAAGAAAAUUUCCCACAAUAUUGUAGGUAACUUAUUUUUUAUAAUAAUAACUUCUUGCUUCAACAAUAUCAUCAACUCACCCCCAAUAUUCUAUGUGUUACCUCAUAGCAUCCAUCUAUAUGGACUCAAAUAAUUCAGUAUAAACUUUUGCAUUUUAAAUUCACAUUUUUUCCAUAUCAUUUCAUCAAAUCAGCUCAUCAAUUGAGUGGAAAGGACAUCAAGUCCAUGGGCUUCUUGUUACCCGUAAACAAAGGAACCACUUGGCUUGCUAUUUCACUUUUUCAUUUGUUGUACCUCCAUGGGGUAGAUUUGGUUUUAGUUGGGAUGAAUGCUUUGGAUCCCAAGGUCUAUGAUUCAGCAUCUAUUUUAUUUGCUCCAAGAAUCCAAAUAUUGGGAAUCAAACUGUCUCUUUCUCUCCAUUGCCAUUAGAGGGGUCCAUUUCUUCCUUCUGUUCUUGAUAUACACCACAGUCACCACAACUUCAUGGAAAAAGAAACUACCAAGUUAAAGAAAAGAAUCAAAGUUAGACUGACAUUCCCUGGAAACCAGAAUCAGAAAAAUGGAAGGAACACUGAAGUGAUUGAGAGAUAUGGAAGCUGAAUUCAAAAAAUUUUAUUAACUAUUUCUAGAUUUGCCUAUUUCAGUGACUCCCUGCCAGGGGCAAUUUUCCUCCCAGGGGACAUUUAGCAAUGUGAGCUUAAUUGUCACAAGUUGGAGAAAGACAUUUUUACCUAGUGGGUAGGGCCAGAAACAUUGCUGAACAGGUCACCAUGCACAGGAGAGGCUCCCCACCCCCUCCAAACAAAAUUUAUUUAUUUUGAAAUGUAAAUAAUGCCAUGGCUAAGAAGCUUGUGUUUAUAAGGAAUUUCUAGAAUUAAUCUCCUGUAAGUGGAGAAAUAACCCACUUUUAGAAAAUUAAUGCAAAUUGCUCACCUCUUGGAAAAGGAAAGUAAAAUUAAUCAAUAAUGUUUAAGAAACAUUCCUUCAUUCACUGGAGUAUUUGCAAUUCUCAGACUGGGAACACAGGCCAUAUGUAUGUAGUCAAAAUCACCCAUCCCUGCAUAUUGUCCAUUAUUUCUAACAUCUUAAUGUUUGAUCAUGAUUGCCAUGCAGUACAGUCAAAGCUUGUAGUUGUUGUCCAUCAAAAAUGUUUGCAGUUCAUAUAGUCAGUUUCUAUCAGAGCUGCCAUUUUUCUUUUCAGAAUAAUGAAGAGUCAUUUAAAGAAACAACAUGAUUCAUCUCCUUUGCUUUUGCUGGAAACAUCAAUAUCUGUUUAGUCUUUAUUGCUUCUUUCCUCAUAGCAAUAAUGUAAAUAUCCCAGAGUGGUCUUGAAAGAAGAGGGGAUUAAGAAUAUAAAAUGAGCCAGUACUUUCCUGAAAAAAGAAAUAAUUGUCCAGUUCAUCCUUACUUUAAUCCCAGGUCCCUAGCAUAGGACAGAGUUGCCAACAUAAUACGUCACAAGAAAUAAGCUCUCUGGGUUGAAAUGUGGAAGCUGGAGGUCCCAUAUACUCUGCUUUUGGUCCACUCACUGAUUUUUGAUCUUGAAGAGAUGACAUUUUUGGGAGAUGGGCGUUCAAAUGAUGGCAACAGUUACUUAGUAAUAAUGCAGUCUACUUACUUUUAUUUUCUUCUACUUAGUUCAUUGAUAGUUGCCUCCCCCAUCCAGUUUGAUAACAUCCUUCUCAACAACCAUAGUACUGGUGUUGCAAAUAGACUAGGAAAGCACCCACAGCUGGAUGAACCUGUGUAUUUUCAGCAUGUAUAUACAAUACCCUGCCUCUUCAAUAAGCUUCUCUCAAAAGGAUGCACGCUGUAGCAUGAACUGUGUGCAUAUUUAAUAUAUCUUCCUGGAAUAUGCUGUAUGCUUAAUAUAUAUACUAUAAAUACAAUAAUAAAAUGUACAAUAGAAAUACAUAUUUCUGUAUGCAAAUAAA